CAGUGAGUGUGAGGAGGAGAAAGAGAAAGAGAGAUAUGUCUUAUAGUACGUUGCGUGAUUCGCUGCCGCCCUCAUAUUGAGUAGUUUUAGUGAGAAGCCAGUAAUAAUAGUUGGAGAGAGAGAAACCCAAGCAAAAGUAGCUGUCGGUGGUGCUGCUAUUUGUAUGAAGUCUUUCUUGCCACCUUGACAAAAAAAAAGGGACUAUGGCGUCUCUAAAAAUGGCGUUAACCCUCUUAUUUUUACAUUCCAUCGUUGAACUUGUACAUUGUGCGUCCCUGAGGUGGAUAUCUUUACCAUACACGGCUCCUCUGGGCCACCCUGUUACCAAGUUUCCGUGUCACCGCCAUACCACAGUGGCAGGAAUAAAUCUUAAUAACUACAACACAGAAAACAAAAAAUAUGUAGAAACUAUACAAAAUCCAAAUGAACUUUCAACACAAGCACAAAAGUUUAAAUUAAUAGCAACACCGGCCGAUAAAAGUAAGACGACGGCUUCACAAAAUUCUAACACUUCUAAACAACUCUCUGCUUUGUUUUUAUUCGACUACACGGACUGUGAAUUGCUUACGAAUGGCAAUUUAAGUUCUUGGCGAGGCUACAAUAUCUCGCUAAACCUUACUUUACAAACAACACACUAUCACUCUAUCGUUCAUAUUUCAGCCAAUCUCUCUAGUAUAAAGUUAAAGUUUCAAAAUGAUAAUUAUUUCGGUUCUAUAUUUGAAAACCAACCGUCUGGUACAUCUGUUCGGGGAUUACACAAUCUUAGUAUUGUGGCCGACUUGAAAACUACCUCUUUAGAUAUUUUACCUGAACAUAUUCACUAUCGUAUUCUCAGACCGCAAAAUGCUAGAAAAACUUUUGGCCUUAAGGUUUUGCCUGAUGGAAAAGUAGGAAUAUUCUCUAAAAUGUCACUUGACCGCGAGAAACGAUCACAUUACCAAUUCCUUAUAGAAGCUAUUGGACCCGAGGGAAGUUUUGCCACUACGAAUAUCCGCGUCGAUGUUUCAGACCUCAAUGAUUCACCUCCCGUCAUGAAGAAAAAAAAGUACAUAACUAUGAUCAACGAAAAUACCCCUGUCGGUACCCCAAUUGUUCAGGUUUCUGCCCGUGACCCUGACAAUUCUAAUAGUCGGAUUACAUAUAGUAUAGAGAAACACAAACACACAAAUCAUUUUGCAAUAAAUCCGUCCAGUGGAUUUAUUUAUGUCAGCAAGCCGCUAUAUCAAACCAUGGAUCUUCCUUUACUCAAAGUUCAUGCUACGGACGAAACUGGACAGCGAAGUCGACCAUCUCUUGUUAAAAUUGGACUAUAUGGAAAACGUGUGAAUCCAAUCCGACACAUGUCUAAUCCCACCCAUUUAUGGGUACCUUUAGGGGAUGAUGCAGCUUCCUACUCUUCAAUCGUCCAGGUGAGGAGAAGGAGGGCCUCCGAACCACAAAGUAGCUUUGUCAUCUAUGAAACCGAUUCGGGGAGUUUGUUUAAUGUAUCUGUUCAGGACCCUACAUACGAAUAUUCUCUUUUAAGCGACACUUCGGGUUGGUUCACGGUCGACUCUACUUCAGGAAUUGUUUCUGUUUUACCUGGGAAAAAUAUAAAUUCAAAUUUGUACCAGAAUGUUAUUUUAAGUUUCAAUAUUACCAACGGCGCUAAAAGCCUUAUACAUCAAGUGACAGUGAAUAUAAUGAGACAUAAACCUCGUUUUGUCAAUCAACCCAAACCUCUAAAAGCUGUGGUGAACACAACUACGAAAGCAGGAGCUCUGGUCUACACCCUUCUAAGUCGGUCUGACAAUCCUGGAAAUAUAAUCAAAUACAGAAUGAUUGAUCCAAACAAAUACUUUGAGUUGAAUAAAGACAGUGGUGAUAUAACAAUUCUUUGGAAAGACAAACUCGUUCUUAAUAGGUAUUAUCCAUUGACGGUUUAUGCUGUUGAUAUUUCUGUUACACCAAAUUUGGAAACUGAUCCUGAAACAUUGGAAGUUUUUUAUGGUGCCCUUCCACCUCAGUUCUUUAAAUCAAGCUACAGUGGCUCUGUUUUUGAAAACAACCAAGCCAAUCAAGUAAUUGAGAAUUUGAAAAUUGCUGUGAAGUCUUUCUCUGGUAAGAAUAUCAAUUUUGCUCUGACAACAGCAGCAAAUAUUGCUACCACAAAUUUUGAAAUUCGGAAGAUACCUGGAAAGAAUGCUGAAGCUUCAGUGUUUGUGAUGAAAACUUUCUCAUUCAACAAAGUUUCCAAUAUCUUUAAUUUAAUAAUCACUGUUUCGGAUUCAACUUUAUCUAGUUCUGUACCAUUGACAGUACACAUAAUUGAUGUGAAUAGUGAACCAUCAUUUACUCUCCAAGAGUACAGAUCUCUGCCUAUAAAUGAAAAUGUUACAGUUGGUACAGAAAUUGAGAAAACAGAUCUUAAAAUCAUUGCAAUUGAUAGAGAUGCUGGAAAAAAUGCUGAAAUUGUAUUUGAUGUCACUGAUGACCACUUCGAAGUAAAAAGAAACAAGUUAACUGAUAGCCAAUAUGAAGCAAUUCUUGUUGUUAAAAAACAAUUGGAUUAUGAAAAACAACCUAUACAUAAAUUUAUCAUCACAGCUCAUGAUCUUGGAGAUCCACCAAAAAGUGCAACAGCUACGGUGGAAGUGCAUCUGAAAAAUGUAAAUAACAAAUCUCCAGUUAUACCUGAAAAUAGCAAAUUUCAUGUAAAUGAAAGAGCCCCAGUAAAUACUUUUGUUGCAAAAUUGAAAGUCAUAGAUCCUGAUAAAGAUAAUAUAUGCUUCUAUUUUGGAAACUUUAAAAAUACAUAUGAAAUGUUUGCAAUUGAUAAAAAGCUAGGAAUUAUCACUGUGAGAUCUGAUCUUUCCAAUGCUAAAGGAAUGUAUGUAAUAAAUAUAACAGCGACUGAUGAACAGUGCUGCUGUGAAAAAGAUCCUCCUCACACCUCUUAUGGCAGUAUAACCAUAUAUGUUGAAGAUGUUAAUAACAACAAGCCUAAGUUUUCUGAAUGCAGUUCUUAUAACACUAGUAUUAAAGAAGAUAUCAGUCUGAAUUCAUUUAUCAUUCAGGUUAAAGCUGAAGAUAAAGAUCGAGGCAAAAAUGGCGAAAUUACUUACACACUGAUUGAGAGUAGCACUGAAAAAUUACCGUUUCAGAUUGGUAGUGCGUCUGGUAACAUUACUGUGAAGAAGAGCUUAUUGGACCAACAUGGAAUUUAUAACAUAUUGGUAAAAGCUACUGACAAUGGAGCUUCAAAAUUAUAUGACCUAUGUCUGUUGACCAUAAAUGUGUUGGAUGUCAAUAAUAAUGCCCCAAAAUUUGACCAAGCUGAAUACUUACACAUAGAAAAAAAAUCCAUAUCUGUUGGACAGCCUAUAUUUACUGUCCAAGCAACUGAUGCUGAUGAAGGCAGGAAUGCAGACAUUUAUUACAACAUUAGCAGUAAAUAUUUUUCUAUUGACCAAAAUGGUAUCAUCACUGUAGCUAAACCUUUAAAAGAUUAUAUUGGUGAUUCAAUAGAUUUGACUGUGAAUGCUUUUGAUAAAGGUGCAAUACCCCUCAGCAGUUCAGUGACUGUGAAAAUCAAAUUCCAGAGUACACUUAGCAACAUCCCUUCAUGGUUAAAUAAAACAGGCCUUGUUAUUAAAGUCCCUGAAGACCAGAAACGAAAUGACCCAUUUGCCUUCCUUCUAGCGGAAUCUAAUAUACCAGAUAAAACUCUUACAUUCUGUCUAACUGAUUGUCUUAAGACUUUUGAAAAUUUCAAGAUCCAUGGUGAGGAUAACAAAAUGUCAAUAGCACUAAGGGAACCACUUGAUUAUGAAACAAAAACAAGUUACCAAAUAUGGGCAAAAGUGAUGAAUCAACAUGUACCAACUCCAUUACACAAAGAAAUUCGUUUCACCAUAGAAGUGCUGGAUACCAAUGAUAAUCCUCCGAUAUUUGAAAAGUUUGAUGCUACCCAGGGAGUUUAUAUUGGAUAUAUAUCUGAGAAUAUGAAUGUAUCAACAUCAGUUAUUCAAAUAUUUGUUACUGAUGCAGAUCCUACACCAGAAUUCAGAAACAUCAGUCUUUCUCUUAAAAAUGACACAUUUUUCUCUAUUGAUAAUGAUGGAGUUAUUAGAUCUCGGAGAGUUUUUGAUCGUGAAGAACAAGAAUAUUAUUUUAUUCAGGUCAUUGCUGUUGAUAGUGCUGAUAAAUCUAACCAAAAUAAAGAAACUCGUAAUGUGAAAAUUCAAAUCACAGAUGUUAAUGAUGUAAAACCACAUUUUGAAAAAGAUUUCUACAUAUUCCGUGUACCAGAAAAUGUACAGAAUGGUAAUCCAGUGUUUACACUCACUGCUAAAGAUGCUGAUGAUCCCAGUUCUGGCAGACUGGAAUAUUCUCUUCGUAGCAAUAUAUUCAUUGCUGAUAACUAUGAUGGAAUUAUCAGAGUACUCAACAACAAAUUAUUAGAUUAUGAAACACAACCUCAUGUUUUAAACUUGACAUAUUAUGUUUCUGAUGGCAUAUUUGAAGCCAACACUACCAUUCAAGUAAUUAUCGAAGAUGUUAAUGAUAACAACCCAGAGUUUGAAAAAAAAUUAUAUGUAGUGAAUGAUAUCGUUGAAGAAAAUAAAACCACUACACCAACAAACAAGAUGUAUUUAUUGACAUUAACAGCAAUUGACCCUGACAAAGAUCGAAAUAACAGCAUUACUUAUCACCUUGCUGGUGGAGCACAGGAAAAAAGUGCAUUUGAAAUUGGAAAUAAAUCUGGUGCUCUUUAUCUGCUAAAAGACUUAGACCACGAUUUUGGUACAGGUGGAAGUGAAAUUUAUUCAUUAAGUGUUUUUGCUAUUGAUGAACCUGGAACUAAAAAUGAACGGAAAGGUUUUACCAUUGUUGAUAUUCAUUUAAAAGAUAUAAAUGAUAAUGCUCCUAUAUUUGCGACUAAUACAAUUGGGUCUGUCCCAGAAAACUCUCCUGCGGAUACAGAAAUAAUGAAGGCUGUAGUCAAAGAUUAUGAUUCUGGACUUAAUAGUAAAAUACAGUAUUCUAUUAUACAACAGCCACUUUUAAAUCAAAUUCCAUAUUUUAAAAUCGACCAGAAUGGAAUAAUAAGAGUGAAUAAUCCUGUACUGGAUCGUGAAAAGCAACACCAAUUUCAAAUUAAAGUUAAAGCUAAAGAUGAGGGCACACCAUCUCUCUCCAGUGAGCAAAAGUUUAUAAUAGACAUUACAGAUAAGAAUGAUAAUGCUCCAGUGUUCAUUUGUAAUGGUCUAAAUACUAAAAUAAGUGAAAAUCAACCUAUAAAUGUUCGUCUUAUAACAAUUCAAGCUACAGACCAAGAUGACGGUGUAAAUGCUGAUCUACAGUAUUAUAUAGAGUCUAAUGGAAUGCAGAAUUAUUUUAAAAUUGAAGCUGACAAUAGAAACCGUUUAGCUUAUAUAUCAUUGCAGAAGCCCUUGGAUUAUGAAGAUAAAAACCUUCAAAAAUUUGAUUUGAAAGUUCGGGUACAAGAUCCGGAUCCCACCCAUGUUGAUUACUGCACUAUUGCUAUCACUGUCACAGAUUACAAUGACAACAGCCCAGUUUUUACACCUGACAGGCAUGAACUAACUAUCCCAGAAAACCACACAAUGAGCACAAUAUUCACUUUUACUGUUUCAGAUGCUGACUCUGGAAAUAAUCAAAUUGUAAAUUUCAUGAUUGAACGUAAGUCCAACCCCAAGAAGCAGUUUAGUGUGAAAAAGGUUGGCACAGAUGCUGUUAUCAGUAUCAGGAAAACAUUGGACCGUGAAGAUAUUCCAUCAUAUGAACUGAUCAUUUUGGGAGUUGAUGAAGGAAACCCUCCACAAACUGGUACUGCAACUCUGACAGUAAAUUUGAGUGAUGUCAACGAUAAUUACCCAAUCUUCAAAGAGGAUUAUCGUCCAAUAAUUAUGGAAAACUCACCUCCCAAGAAAGAUUUUCAAUUGAUCAGAGCCAAAGAUAUGGAUAAUGACAAAAAUGGACCUCCAUUUACCUUUACUUAUACAUGUGACGGCUCUAACUAUAACCUUUGCAAGGAUUUUGCAAUGACCUUUGACAAAGAUGCCCAGGUCGGUAAAAUUAGCUCUUUAAGAAUAUUUGACAGAGAAGUUAAGAAAUAUUAUGACAUGCCAAUUGAGAUGGCUGACAAUGGUGAGCCUCAGAUGACAGGCAUAAAUUAUCUUCGUAUUGAAAUUGGUGAUGUCAAUGACAACAAACAUGGGCCUGGAGCAAAAGAAAUAUUAGUUUAUAACUACAAAGGUCAUUUUGGUAACUUCCCAAUUGGCAGAGUGCACUGUGAAGAUUUAGAUGACUGGGAUAAUGCUGACAAGACAUACACUUUCUUGGGCAAUGUUACACUAGCUGGUUAUUUCAAACUCCUUACAAAUGGAACUAUUAUAAUGACUAAAGGAGUUCCAGAAAAAGAAUAUUUCUUCCAAGCUAGUGUUUAUGACAAAAUUUUUAAAAACACAGAAAUUUGUAAUGUUACAGUAAAAAUCAUAAGUCUUUCUGAAGAAGCUGUAAGGCGUUCUGGUUCGACGAGAUUCAAAGAUGUCACACCCAGUGAAUUUAUUGAAGAAGGUCCUAAUGGUAGUGCAUACAACAAAUUUAAAAAUCAGCUUGCUACUAUUCUUGGAGUUCCAUUUGAAAAUGUUGAUGUCUUCAGUUUAAUGGAAAAUGAGAAAGGUUAUACAGAUGUACGGUACUCAGCACACAAUUCGCCAUGGUACACCCCUGGAAUGACUAACGGUGCUGUAGCAGUUAACAGAGCAAAGAUUGCUACAGAAGUUGGUUACCAAAUUGAUAUGGUGGAUAUAAAUGAAUGCAUUGAUGAAUACUGUGAUGCUGGUGGCUGUACAAACAAGCUUAUCAUCAAAGAUACUCCAGUUCUGAUAAAUUCCAGUUCAACCGGUAUGGUUGGUGUAAACACAAGGGUUGAAGCUGAUUGUAUCUGUGGAGCUCGGGAUUUCAGUCAGCCUGUACAGUGUACACCUGACUACUGUUACAAUGGGGGCGUCUGCGAAAAGGACUACUUCCAGGUUGUCAAAUGUAUUUGUCCACCAGGUUUCACUGGACCAAGGUGCCAAGUAACUGGGAUUAGUUUUGAAGAAAAGGGUUAUGCUUUGUUUUCUCCUCUAGAACAGUGUGAAAAUAGCCGCACAAGUCUAGAAUUUGCCACUUUACAAGAUGGUUUACUUUUUUAUAAUGGUCCUGUAACAAAUAAACCAGAUAAUUCAGAAAGAGACUUCAUACUUCUAGAAUUAAUUAAUGGUUACCCUCAACUCAAAAUUGACCAUGGAACUGGAGAAUUAACCCUCUCUCUGAAUGGAAAGGAUAAAUCUAAUAAGUUGAUUAUUAACAAAGUCAGUGAUGGUAAAUGGCACCGUGUUGACAUCAUAAGAAAUAAACAAGAGGUUCGUUUGAUCCUUGACCACUGUUUUGAUGCAAAAGCUGAUGAUCGCAGUCCUUGUGAAGUGAAAGGCACUACUCCUGAAGAAAAUAUAUAUUUAAAUACUGUUGACCCUCUUCAAAUUGGUGGCAUUUACAUGGGAAUGUCAAGUAUUAAUUAUCCCAACUUUGCUUUUGAUAGUUUUCUAGGAUGUAUCAAAAACUUUAUACACAACAGCCAGAUUUAUGACUUACAAGUCUCUCGUCGGGAUUCUUUCUCCAAGAAUGCUAAAGUAGGAUGUUCUCGUACUGAAGAGCAUUGUUUAGACAAAUGCAGUGGAAACUCAACAUGUAUUGCAGAUUUUAGCGGAAACUACCAAUGUGUUUGCAAUGCAGGUUAUCAAGGAAAAAUCUGUGACAAAAAAACCACUAUAAAAGAUUUUAAAAGUAACAGCUUCAUAACAUGGGAAUUCAAAAAUAGCUUUUAUAAUGUGAUGAAUGACUUUAAGAAUGAAAUGCAAGUCAGCUUUAGAACACGAGAAACUAAUGGACUCCUUUUCAAAGUCCCUAGUUCUAAUCCAAACGAUUUUAUGCAACUCGAGAUUAUAAAUAAGAAAGCUUGUCUUGGUUAUAACUUUGGACAAACCUCAUCUCUGCAUCAUUUAUGUCUGGAUUAUGUUGAUGUAAAUGAUGGCCAGUGGCAUACUCUGAAAAUGAAACGUGUCAAGGAAGAAAUACAACUCAUGAUGGAUGGUGGCGAAGGACGCUUCUAUGCUGACACUUUUGUUAAAACCUUCAAAACUCUUACAUUCACACCUAACAAGGUUGACUUCGCUGCAGGUGCCGAAAUUACAAUUCAGAAUGCUAUUACAAGGAUCAAAGGCAAAGACUUCAAAGACUCUUGCAUGGAUGACAUUCGCUAUGAUGAUGCUUGGCUACCAAUGCAGCAGAGUGAGACAAACAGUGAAGCUGCUACGGUCAAACUGAUAAGAAAUGUUGCUGAUGACUGCAUACGAGAUGAUUGUAAAGGUGUCACUUGUGGCGUCCUUCAAACUUGUAUUCCAUUAUUUGGGAAAUAUAGUUGCAUAUGCAAUAAAGGCUACAAGAAAUCUUUGUCAAAAUGUGUUGACAUUGAUGAGUGCCAAGAUCCCAAAUGUUUUGGUAAUGCCACUUGCUUAAACACAAAUGGUUCUUUCAAAUGCCAGUGUCCAAAAUACUGGACUGGUGAACUCUGUAACUUGGCCAAUCCUUCCCCUGUUAUUGGAAAUAAUACUCUUGCAACUGGCGCACUUGUUACAAUUUUGGUCUGUAUCUUCAUCAUAUUGAUCAUUGUGUUGCUGGUUCUCUUAUUUAAGCGGAACAAGAAAGCUGGAGACAAAUUUGUGUUGGAGGUUGAUUCUGAUGAUGACAUCAGGGAAAAUGUGAUCAGUUAUGAUGAAGAAGGAGCGGGGGAAGAGGACCAGUUAGCUUAUGAUAUUUCCCGAUUACGCAAAGCGGAACCGACAUUGAAACCUGUCAUUGAUAAGCCUGUGCGCAGUUAUAAUCCAGACGGGGAUCGACCUGAAGUCGGCAGUUACAUUGAUAAUCUUAUUAAGGAAGCAGACAAUGAUGAUGUUGCACCGCCAUAUGACAGUGUCCGUGAGUUUGUGUACGAAGGGGCAGACAGUGAUGUAGGCUCUCUCAGUUCACUAAAUACAAGCUCUGGCAGUGAAGGAGAUAAUGAUUACGAUGCCUUGAAUGAGUGGGGACCAAAGUUUGCUAAGCUGGCUGAUAUGUACGGUGGUGGAGGAGAAUAAUUAAUUUAGACUCAAAAGAUGAAGUAGAAGUAAAAUAGCUGCAUUUAUUUUUUUUUUAAGUAAGGAGGGGCAAAAAUACUAAAUUUUCUAAUAAACUCAGGUUUGUUUGCUUCACCAAUUGCAUUUCAUAUCUUACAGAAAAAAAUGUACCCAAGAAAUAAGAAAAGCACAUAUAUAUAUAUAUAUAUAUAUAUAUAAACAAAAUUUCCAUCUUAAAGAAGAAAAAAAUUGUCAUUUAGUUAAGAGAUUAAUAGUGAGAAGCAAAAGGGUAGUUUUGAACCAGCUUCUUGAUGUCCAGAUUAUUUUCUAUGAUUGAUAAUUGCUAUAUCUACUUCACAACUUGUAGCCACUGCCAAUUUCAAAUUCUUUUUUUUUUAGUCUUUUAUUUAUUUUCUUUUACUUAACACAAAUUUUUUAAUAAAAAAAGAAAUAGUUGAUUUCAAUAUUAUAAAUGUUAAUUUUAUUAUUAUAAGUUCAAUUUUUAGCCAUAUAUGUACAUAUAGCAACCUUGAAAAUUAAAUGUAUAUAUAUAUAAAGUUUAAGAAUAGAAUUAACCAUUUAAAAUGUACCUUAGGUUGUAAAUGUAAAGUAAAAAAGAAAAAUUACCUGUAUUAGCCAAUAUUUUUUUAAUUAUAUCUAGUAUUAUCAACAAAGGUUGAUAGUUCACAUUUCUGCUAAAUAUUUCAAAGCUUCUUAACACUAUAAUUUUCAGAUUUCUGCUAAAUAUUUCAAUGCUUCUUAACACUCUAAUUUUCAUGUUUAACAAAAACAAUUUUAGAUUAUAGUUUUGUCUUAAUUUCAAAUUUUAAAACUUCAAUUUUGUCCAGUUCGUGAUUAUAUUAGACAAACUAACAGUUUUCAAAUAUAGAUUUAACUUGUUUUAGUAAUAUCUAGAAUAUUUUUCCAAGACUAUACAAUGUUAUAGAUCAGUUCUGUCAGAACUUUGCCAUAGAUCUGCUCAGAUCUUCCCGGUUGGGGUGGUGUCAGAGGCUUGCCCUGCCUGGUUGUGACAGUGUCAGAGACCUGCCCAGUUGAGGCAGUGUCGGGUGCCUGCCAGUAGGGGAAAUGUCGAGCACCUGCCUGGUUAGAACAGUGUUGGGUGCCUGCCUGGUCAGGGCAGUGUAGGGCGCUUGCCCAGUUGGAACAUGUGACUUUUAUAUAUCUGAGUCUCCUAUAGUUUUGCCACUCGAUCACUAAGUGCCAUACACUCACAUUGCACUGUGGUGAAGCAGCAGAAAUAAAAUGAAAUAAUAGUUUUUAAAAAAUGGUUACAAAGUUUGGGAUAUAUAAUUGUAAUUAAUUCUCUGAAGUUCCAUGAGCAAAUUAAAAAAAAAAAAACAUUCUAUCUACUGUCUUUAUUGUGGCCAAUAUUUUGAUAUAUAAUUAUUUAACUAAUUCAUUUGCUAUAAUAAUAAUAAUAAUAGAUUUAUCCCACCGCCAAAUAGCAAAUGAGUUCUCAGUUACAAUAGCAAAACUAGAACACCUUAAGUAAAUUACCUGAAUGACUGAAUUUAGUUAAAUCUUUCAGUUAAAUUACUUUUUUUUUCUUUUUUAUUUAUGUCAUGGGUGAAAAAAAUAUUCAUCAGAAAUCAUAUCAUUGAGUAAUUUAAUUUCCAUCAUUUGUAAAUGGAUUAGUGCCAUUGCCUCUUCUCACUCACUUUCAGUUAACAUUAAACCUUUAGUUACCAUAUUUGUUGAAAUAGAUUGCCUUUGUUUCAAUUGAUUGUGAAAAUAUUGAAAAAUUUUGUAAAAUAACUUAAGCUGAAGCUUAGAACAGAUUAACACGGAGUUUUGAUGGAAAGGUUUAAUUUAGCUCACUUUAAAAUGGAGAAUUUAUAUCAUAGAACUAAGGACAGUAUAAAAAAGGCUAAAUAAGUUUAACCAAUUUUAUUUUUAACUUAAUUUUUAUUUGCCUUUUCUCUUCUUAAAUGGCUCUUUCAUUUUGUAAAAUUACUUAUUUUAACGGAAAUUGAUAAAUUUUACUUUCAAACUAAGCUUUUCAACACAUUUCUUGAACAUUUUCCUACAAAAUGUGCAACUGUUUACAGCACAAGUUUAUUCUCCUCCACACCAGAUAAUUUAGAAAAUUUAUCUAUUAAUUCCAAACAAAAAUCACAUUGCCUUUGGAAUCGUGGUUUAUAUUUCUUGCGAAAAUCAUCUGACCAAUUCUCCGCCUUAUAUUUUAUUUCUACCACUGCUAUUUCAUCAUUACAAUCUAAAGAAAGACAAAAAAAAUGGUUGUGAUCUCAUAUUUUGUAUGAUACUUUUAUUUUUGUUUUGUUUUUUUUUUUUUAAUUCUCUUCUCCCAUUGUUGUAAAACAUUUCUACUGCCUCCCUCUUUCAAUAUGCAUAUUAAUUUCUUUCUAUACAUAAAAACAAAGUAUUUUUUAUGGGUGAAGGUAAAAAAAAUUUUUUAAACACCACCUGUAGCAAUAUUUUUUACACUGCUGUUCCAAAAUCUCUCUUACACACACAUACACACACACACACACACUCACUCUUCUACAAUAAUUGCUGCUGUUUAAAUCAUUUACUGAAAUGUUAAUUAACAUGUUAUAUUUGUUUUUUAUUGACGAAGGUGAGACAAAUCAGCUCUAACAAUAUUCCUGUUGAUAUGUACUUGAAUGGAAGUAUUAAUUAAAUAGUUACAAAGUGUGUCUUAGUUGGUUAGAGUAUAAAUGGGGUUAGAAUCCAAGCUGUGUCCUCUGCAUGUUCCAAUAAUCAAAUGUAUGUAUAUAGAUGUUUUAUUUCAAAUGAGGCAUACAUACUAGUGGAAAGUUCUGUUGAAUCAUAUUUGCAAAGUGUAUAUUAAAACAGACUGGAAAAUUUGGUAUAUUUUUCCAUGUUACACGUGUUCCAUUGCAGUAUAAGAAAUACAUUAUGAAUAUUAAUAAUAUAUACAUAAACACACACACAUUUAUGUAUAUGUAUAUAGACACAUACACAUGUAUAUACAUGCACACCCAAAUUUAUGACCAACUAUAAUUUAUUUUCUAAAUUUUAUUUUGUAAUAUAAUAUAGGCAUAAAAAAAUUAAUAUAUGAAUAUACAUAUGUUCACACAUUGUACAUAUACAUAUGUACAAGUACAAAACACACACAAAUAUAUACAUACAGCUAUAAAUUCAAGCACACAUGCACACUCACUUGCACAAGCUUAAUAAAUAUGUAAAUACAUAAAUCUAUACACAUGUACUAGCUCUUAAACUAAGAAAGUAUAGGACAUCUUUACAUAAAUACACAAAUUCAACCAGUUAAGUAGCAAGUCAAAAUAGUAGAAAAUAAUGAAAUAUUAAUGCACAUGUUUUUAUCUAUUAUUUUUUCUUUGGUUUAUAUUAUUUGACUAAACCUUCUUACAAAGUUGAGGCAAAAACACUUUUUAUAAUAUUUUAUUAUACUACCUGAUUUUAUUUCUUUAUUGUAUAAAUUUAAAUAGCUUCACAUUUUUUUUUAAAAUAAUGAACUUAACUAUUCAAAUCAAGUGUUUAAUAAUAAUAAUGUGACAACAGUAAUCUUGUAUUUUAAAUAAUUAACAACCAUAGAAUCAUCAAUAAUACUGUUCAAUUAUAGUAGUACUUAAAUAAUGAAUCAAUCUUAAUGUGAAGCAUAUAUUUAUUUAAUAUAGUUUAGGUUUAAGGAUAUAUUAUGUGUAUAUGUAUAAUAGUGUAUGAAUGUAAGGACCAUGUGUAUGCAUAUGAAUUUAUACACCAAGUGAAACUGUGCAGGCAGAUUUUAUUACUGAACAUACUUUAUCUGAUUGUAAACAUUAGCAUUCAAAUGCUUGUGUAAACUUCAAGGACACAUGACAUGCACACAUACACAUAUGAAAAUGUCCUUGUGUGUGUAUGUUAAAAAAUAUACCAUAUGUAUACAUAUAUUUUCAUGUGAUAGUCUGUCCAUAUUAAUGACUACAACAAAUACUAGUAUUCAAAUGUAUGUGUGAAGAACACACCAAAAGCAAGCAUACGGAUGCAUACUGUGAGUGCAUUUAUCUAAGGACAUAUCAUUUAAGCACACAUACCAUAUAAAUGCAUUUCUUUGUGUGCUUGAUCAAAAAUAUACGAUUUGUAUGAAUAUAUUAUUGUGUGACAGUCUGUAUGCCCAUAUUAAUGACUAAAACGUGUGUGUGUGUGUGUGUGUGUGUGUGUGUAUAUAUAUAUAUAUAUAUAUAUAUAUAUAUACACACACACAUACACACUAGUAUUCCAGUGUAUGUCGACUCGUGUGCAUGUAAUGAGUACAUCAAAAGCAAGCACACACAAACAUAACUAUGCAUGCAUAUAUGUACUAGCAUGAACAUGUAAAUACAUGUUUAAUAAUACACGUGCACAUUAGCACUCGAAAUCAUGUCUUUUCUAGUGUGUAAUCAGUGGAUACAUCACACAACAGACACACACUAGCAUGCAAAUGUAGGCACAUGCCAGCAUAGAUAUAGUCAUUUUAAUUACAUCAACCUAGCUGCAAGUAAGUAAUGUCUUUCAGAUAACUUACAAUGUAUAAUUGGAGAAUUGUAGAAACAAAAUCAGUGUCUUAAGGCUUUUUAGUUUUGUAACAGUCUUUCAAUAUCUGACGAUAAAAACAUUUUGCGCAUGUGAUGAAUUUAUUACUGUAAGCAACUCUUCUGUAAAUGUUUAUAACUCAUCUGUGGUAUAAUGUAUCUGCAAUUCUCAGAAAAGUAUAAGUAUGGAAAGCUAUGUUGUGGCUUUUGCUCAUCCUUGAAGAAAUUUUCAUUAACUGAGCAAUUUAACAAUAUGGAAGACUACUGGAACUUUAAAAUUUUGCUCUCAAUCAGUACAAAAUUACUAAAUCAAUUAUUAGUCUCUUUAAUGAACUCUUUGAAAAAUGCCAUUAUGAAAACUAGUUUAUUUUUGGUUAUUUAUGGCAGGCUUUCCCAGAAAAGUCUGUUUUAGCCCAUUCCUAUUAAUCAAUUCCCUUCGAGAUCAUUUUUGGAGAUGAUGGCUUCAAUGAAGUCUUUUAAAGUCAGAUUUUCUUCGGUGAACAUUUCACAUAAUUACCCACAAUGAUCUAAUAUAUGAAGGUAACAAUAAUGAUAAUGCACCCCCCACCCCUGAAAAAAAAUAGACAAUAUUUUAAAUAUAAACCUGGAAAUAUUUUGAAUUCUUAACUCUAACAUUACUGGAUGCUGAAUCUAGAUGUAAAUCUAAAACCUCUUGCAGAAAUAAGGUAAAUAAAUGGUUGAACAAAUUUUAUCAUUAAAGCAUAUGAAGCUUUGUAUUUUUAUAAACUGUUCAAAUGAUGUUUUGACUGGUGUAUGAAUGUUUGUGUAUUAUAUAUACACUUUCUAUAUGUAUAUAUAAAGUAUAUUAUAAGAGAAUAUUGGGUCUUUGGGUGAUGUAACUAAUAUAUAUUAAAACUGUAUUUAUCAGUUAUGUGUGAUGAUUUAUUUCGUUAUCUCCCCACUCCAUACCUCUUUCUACAAUAUCAUCUCUGGCCCUAAUCCCUAUGUUUUCCAAAAAUUGUUGCCAUAUUGAUACUUCCAAUAUUCUCUAGUAUUGAAUGUAUAAAUUUUAUCUAUGAUGUAGCCCUAUUCUGAUUUCUGAAAUAAAUUUUAAAAGAAAAUGUUUUUAUAAUA